CAGUGGUGCCGCGCCUGUGCUCGCCGCCGCCGGCUGCGCCGCCCAGCUCCGCGACCGAUCGUCACCCUGUGUCAAUACUAUGGUCCGCUGCGCAUGAGCUCGCUCACUCGUUGCUCUGCUGAAUAUCGAGAUCGUGUUGUGAAAAAGCGCACAGAUAUUUUUAGAUUAGGUGUUGUUCGGUCGUGUUUUGUUACAUGAAAUUAUGUGUGGUACUUUACAGUACCUUUAUAAAUUCAGUGUUUACAUCAAAUAUUACGUAUUAAAGUGAAAACCACAAUCAGUGUCCAAGCGGUUGUUUUGUAGAGAAAGUACCAAACACAUAAAUUCCGAUUUCAAGUUUUCCCCUUAAUUAGUAAUGUUGAGUUUGAUUCUAUUAAUUUCGUAAAUAUUCCUGUUAAAAAAGUGGGUGACUGACAUGAUAUGAUUAAAAAGUUUUAUAUUGCGGAAAAGUGAAUUGAAAAUCUAUUUGUGAAUUACAUUCAUGAACAAGAAUAUUUUAGUGUGUCAAUGUGUGGCUUGGUUUAUUACGCUCGAAUUUGUGGUGUCAAGGUUGACAGUGGACGCUGGACAUCAGUCAGUCUGUGUACCUAUACCAAAGCCGCGUGAUACACAGAAUGUGACGGCCAUUCCGAUCUACACAGACGACGACGGGCAUAUACUGUAAAUAAAUAAUGAUCUAAUUGUAUCUUCCAACGUGUUUGCUAUUUCUGUGUCUGACCGUAGCCUUCUGAUACAGAUUUCUUAACAUUGUGAUAACGCAAGGUCAUAUAUACUAAUAAAUGACAAUAUAUCUUCAUAAAGUAGUGAAACCUGACUGAGGUACAUUACCCACUUUCUUGGAUUUCUAGAGGGCCCUCCUUUUCACUACGGCGUGCACUAGCAUCCGCCUCGUACCGAUCACCGGUUACUAUGAAAAUGUCCGCAAUGUGUGACCCUUACUAGAGGUGUGCCAAUUUGCAAGCAAAAUAUUUUUUUCCGACCAUAGUUCGAUUUGAAAACAUAAUAUACAUUGAAGAAAUAGAAGAAACUAAUACAAAGAAAUUACGAUGCCACAUUACGAUGAAAGCUUUAUACAUGACGAUAAUCAAAACCAGAGAAGAAAUAAAAGAAGUUACCAAGUUUAUAAAAAUGGGUUAGCUCCCUUGAGACUGCUAGAGACUACUGACGUGCUCCACGUUUUGGAGGAAAGAGGUUCGUCUGUUAUUAAAAACAACAUUAGAAAUAUUAAAUGCCGCGGUAAUCGGUACAAACAAGUGCCACAAAAUGGAUUACAAUGUGCCAGUCCAAUGAAAUAUAAAGCCCCUGAUAUCAUAGUAGAUCAUAGUCCACGAAUGACUACGUUCGACCCCAACAAAUAUUAUGAUCUAAGAAACAAUAAUGUGUAUACCUUAACACCGUGUAAAAGUUUUGACAACCUUACGUUAAAACCAUCGAAAAAAAGUUACCUUAGUAAAAACAAAAUAAGAUAUGGCAGCAGUCUUCAAAACUUGGUUGAUGACGGACAGCUGAAACAUUUCGCUUCUCCGUCAGAAGACUUGGAUACAUUAGUGUCUCGCAGAGAAGAUGCCAGGAAGUCGUACUCUGUAGUAGAUGCUCAAAGUCGACCAGAACAUGGGCGAAAUUCUCGAUGUACACCGGCGCCAGGCCCAGGAGUAUACCGUCAAAUAAACAACGACAGUGUUUCUGGAAAAAACGAGAACGAAUCGGGCAGCGAGGGGAGCUCGGGCCACCGCGGGUCGUUGCGCGGCGCCAACAAGUUGGCGAGGCGCGCACGAUCAUUCAAGGACGACCUGCUCGAGCGCAUCUCAAACAUGCGCUCACCGGGGCAACAGCAUCACCGACCGCAUCUCUCUUCCAAUAUCAGCAGAUCACAUUCGCCACUUAGCCCGAAAAUCCGGAAUAUGACAAACAAACUCAAUACCGCGGAGGAAGGGGAGAUUACACCUGCCAAAGAACUCGAACGGCUAGUCAAAGAAGUUACGUUCGGCUUAAAACACUUUUCGGAUGUUAUUACAAAAGGGAAACUGGAAAUGCUCCCCGACAAUGGCACCAUUGUUUUUGAAUCUAUUGCAAAUAUACACAAAGCAAUAAAACCUUACUGCAGCCGAUCGCCGCAACUAACAAGCGCCGUUAAACGUCUUUGCGCGGCAUUAGCCACGCUGAUACGACUGUGUGACGAGAUCACCGCAUUAAGUUUGCGCGCAGACGCUAGCAACGAGGAACUAGACACUUCGGCAGAAGCUUUGUCGUCAGAAUAUGUGAGCUCUGUAGUGAAGGGAGUGACGGGUGCCGUGGAGGAAGUGUCAACCCUAGCCCAGCAACACAUGACGCGGCCCGCGCUUUCCCCACGCCCCGCACUCGUAUCACCGCGGUCUUCAACGCAAAGGAAUUCUUUACCAGAUAUUCCGCUCACUCCGAAAGAGCGGUCCUUGUUGACAGGUGAGGGGGGGACGGAGGCGGGCGGGGUGCGCGCGUCGCACUCGUCCGAGUCGGUGCUGGACGCUCCCGACUCGCCGCCGCCCAAGCCUGCCAGGCCCAACCGGAAAGUCGAGUUGGCCCCACCCCUGCCGCCUAAGCGCAAGUCAGCGAACGACAACUCCCUACUGGCUCUCUCUAUUGAUAGACUGUCUCUACAAUCUCAUAGUAGUGGUUCGCUGGACUCGAUGCUGAACGUAUCAAACGACGAGGAGAGGAACGCGCACGACACUAACAAUCAUGACCAUGUAUUUGCCACACCGCCUAACUCCGAAUUAGUUGGCAUGUGCAGUUGCAACAACGUGAACGAGAUGCGCGCAUCGGUGGAGUCUCACGAGUCUCACAUGAACUCCACUCAUAUGCACGCUCAUUCCAAUCAUAACCGUUUCUCCAAUGAGUCCGGAUUCGUGUCUGUCGCGGAGAUAUCAGCUGAGCACAGCUUCACGUCGAUUUCAUCACACCACUACACUAGCCAUACGGACAGUAUUUUUAACAGUACAGACUGUGUGACAGAAAUGAAGUGCACAGUACAAAGCUUUGAGAGCCGCAUGAAUGUAACCAAUAUGAACAGUAUAACCACGCACCAUUCUUCAAAACUGGCGAGCAUCACGUCAGACGAGAAUGAGACGCCGCCCGAGCUACCGGUGAAGACGCGGCGCAACAUUCGCGGCGAGGUGCAGCAACAGUUCCCCAAUGUUGAAAUCAGGACGGGCGGCGUGUGCUCGCUGCACGGGGAGGGCCGGCCGCACACUCUGGCCGUGCACCAGCCGCCGCGCCCGCCGCCACUGCCGCUGAAGAAAAAACACAUGUUCCAAAGCGUCGCGUACAGCGUAAUGGCGUACAUGGAGAUGUUCGGGAACUGUAGUCAUCCGCCGAACAACCCCGCAGCCCCGCCCGACAUGUUCCGCCACUCCAUACAUACGUACAACGUCGCCAGUGCUAAACAACUCGGCGACGGCGCUAUGAGCAUGCAACAUCAACAAGUACAGCGUUCUAUUGCACAGUCAUUUACUGUACAUUUCGGAAAUCCACCAAUGAGCAGUGGUUCAGAAGAUAGUGUUAAUAUGAUUACAUCAAGUGGUACUAGUCCGAUCCCGUUGGAGCCACCACCAGCUCUCCCGCCUAAGAUGAACAAAAGUAAACAGCUGUCUGUGAACUCCAGCAACGAGUUGCUACCGCCUCCAUCUCCACGGCCAUCGUCACACAAUAGCUCCACCGAUGAAACCAUGAUAAAUAACAAUUCAGAUGAGUCGUUUACUACUAGUACAGCAGUGCCUGGAAAGUUCCCACUUGAAGAUGAGUUGGAAAUGUUGGUACAACAACCUACUCCUUCGCCUGUACCAUCUCAGAGAAGUGAAGGUAGCACGGAACCUCCACCGGCCACAGCUGAAAGCAAUAGCAAUAGUGAGCCCCCUCCGGCGGACGCGGACGACAUCAUCCUGCAGACAGACAUUAGCUCAUGGCUAGUUCUCAGGGAUCUCAGCAAGACGGAAGGAACUGCAAAAGACGGGCCCGAGGUUCGUGGAGGCGACCCUGACGCUCUCAUCGUACUCGCCACCAAAGCCACUAAAGAAACGGACGAGUACUUCACGUACCAGGAGGCGUUCCUGUCGACGUACCGCACGUGGGUGUCGCCGGGCGGGCUGCUGGCGCGCCUCGUGCGCCGCGCGCACCACUUCCGCGCGCGCCCGCACGACCUGCGCUCCACGCUCUGUCUGCUCACGCGCGUCGUCGCAGACCUCACGAUGUCCGAUUUGGAUUGUUCACUAAUGCAAGAGAUUAAAGAAUUCAUUUAUUGGCUCGUGGAUGCUGAAGAGUUGAUCAUAGCGAAGGCUCUUAGACAAAUUCUAGUCGAUAAGCAGAAACAACUGCACUUCCAACAGACUAACAGCCGAUAUGAAUACGAUACGCCGUGCUAUGGCAGUGUAUCUACGCGUCGAGAUACACUCCUAGACUUCAAGGCCUCGGACUUGGCCGAACAGAUGACAUUGUUAGACGCCGCGCUAUUCAUUCGUCUUACUACAGCUGAAGUGCUGUUGUGGCCGCGCGACCAGUCAGAAGAAAGCUCACCUAACCUUACGCGCUUCACAGAACAUUUCAACAAAAUGAGUUACUGGGCACGCUCUAGAAUUUUGGAACAGGAGGAGGCCCGCGAGCGAGAGAAGUAUGCGAGCAAGUUCCUGAAGGUAAUGAAGGCACUCCGUAAGAUGAACAACUUCAACUCGUACCUGGCGCUGGUGUCUGCGCUGGACUCGCCGCCCGUGCGGCGCCUGGGCUGGCCGAGCUCCAUCGUCAACACGCUGCACGAGUGUUGUCUCAUCAUCGACUCGUCCUCCUCCUUCCGCACCUACCGCCAGGCACUCGCCGACACGCAGCCACCCUGCAUACCAUACAUUGGUCUAGUCCUUCAAGAUCUGACUUUCGUACACAUCGGUAAUCCCGACCACCUACCUGAAGGUGGCAUCAACUUCACCAAGAGAUGGCAGCAGUACCAAAUAAUGGAGAACAUGAAGAGAUUCCACAAAGACAGGCAGUAUAAGUUUAAGAAGAACGAACGGAUUCUGGCCAUGUUCAACGAGUUCGACGACGUGCUGAGCGAGGAGGCGAUGUGGCAAGUGUCGGAGAGCAUCAAGCCGCGCGGCGGACGGAACCGCGCGCCGCCCGCGCACCCCACGCACGCCGCGCACGCGCAGACUGCUGCCUGACUGCUGGGAAAGCGUCCGCUUCCACAGUAAAUGUUAAAUCCAAAGAAUAUGAAGAAGCAUAAGGAUGAGAAUCGCUUGAAUGUCGAGGAGAUAUAUUAAUUUAGAGAAAUUGUGAUUAUCUGUCCUAAAAAGGCCUAAUUAAUAUUAGUAUAUUUAUUAAUUGUGCGAUUUUCUCGACUGUGAUUGAAUCGAGUGCGAAUGUGAUGCGUGGAAAGGUUGAUGCGAUGACGUUGAGGUUUGCGCGCUUACGAUUUCAACGCUUUUCAUGUGCAACAAAUGAUAAUAAUCGAGUAAAUAUUAUUUCUAUCAGUAUUUAAAUCGAAUAACUGUCGUCUAUUACAUAUCAGCAUGUGACUUGCAUAGUGUACUAAAAAUGAAACGAGCGACGCCUUGGGUGUUGUAAAGUCCUUGAACCAUCUCGUUGUUGUAUUUGCCAUUGAUGUCAUUAUAUACAUUAUUGAGUAAGCCAGCUUCGGAAGUUAGCUUUCUAUACAUCGAAUUAGAGGAAACUUUUUGAAGUCUUAGGAAUAUUAGAAGUACUACUGUUUGAUAAUAGUGACUUAGUCGAUAUUAAGCAUUUCGAUUGUAUUGAUAUUUAAAGUCAUUUAUUGUUCACAGUGUUCGGAUAACAUAACGCGUAAGCAUCAAAAGGAAAUGGGACAGUUCGAUUUAAUGUAGUAGACAGUAAUGUGCACUCUCCAUACUAAGUUUUUAUAAGGGGCUUCCGUGAAAAGAGUGAGAAGUGAGAUCCAUUAUUACCAUUCAAGACGUUUUCAAAUAGUAACUAUUUUUAUACAUUACAUGUAUUAAAGAUACCCCAAAGUAACAAAGCGUUAUGACAUAAACAUAUCAUUUUUAAAUGUGUGCCAAACUUGAAACCAUAGAAAUGUCCCAUUUCCGUACUUAGUGUGAGUAAUUACUUUGUAAGUACCUAUGCGGAAAUUGCGUAACUGAAACUUUUAGAAAUGCUGUAAUGGUACAAAAGUGCAAGAAAGACUUAUAAAAUCACAGGCAAGUGUUGAGAUUUACAUGUUAAAAUCGGAAAUAAAUGUCUUGCAACUAAAAAUUCGCCGUCAAUGGAAGGAUACUAUUUUGAGUCUCAUAGAAUUUUGAACAUGCGUAUUGAGAUACUAUAACUAAAAUAAUACUUAAUUUCAAUCGUGUAAUGUUAAGUAGUCCAUAAAGUAAUGAGACCGAUCUCUUAUAUUUUUGUGAAAAUUAAAUGAACGCGUUGACAGAUCUAACGCGACAAUGCCAUUUCAUUCGUGUUGGAAGUAUAAUUGAAUGCAAUAUUUUUGUGUAUGCUCCUAAAGUAUUCAUAUGAAUUUGAAGCAUAUUUUAUUUUUGAUAUUCAAAAACUUUUUCCUAUAGGUUGCUACCUGCAAGGAAGCUAACGAAUUAAAUACUUUUGAGAUGUAUACUUAUUUACAUUAUUCUUCAGCGUUUGCGUAAUUGUACUGUAAUAUGUAUAAGAGUUAGAUACAACGCUGCUAGCUAUAAAGCUACGAGUAGUUAGAAAUAUUAAUCUUUGGAAAAAUAUUUAAAUUCACUUGAUAAUCUCAUGUUCACAAGUAAUCGCAUUUUUAAAAUUAUGGUAGGACAAAUUUGAAUAGUGUAAUAAUUAUAAUCAACGUUUCAUUUGCCUUAAGACAAUCGAGUCUUCAGUGAAAUAGCAAUAAAAUUAAUUGUUGUUAGAAUUGCUGCACAAUUUGUGAUACUAAUCAUGUAGAGUGCCGCUUACUUACUACUCAGUCUUAUUGACGUCCUGUACGUGUAGGCAAUUGUAUUAGAAGAAUAUUAGUAGUAAGCGUAAUAAACCCCAAUAUGAUAGUGUUGCUGAGGUGUGCACGUAUUUGUUACUUACGUUCACGAUUGUUGCCGAGCUGCCUCGUUUGUUGCAACUUGCGAUUUUACGCGCAAUAUGUUUAAUCGUGCUAUAAUUAACAAGUGUCAGUGUUACAAUAGGAAAGAAAUUAAACAAGCAAUACCAAUUUUAAUACAGAUUAAGAAUAAAUGUUUUUGCAUCGUUCAGGUAGUUCGUAUAUUCAAAAGGAACGGUAUCGUUCCAUGCAAUAAUAACUAGACCAAUAUUUAGAAUGUUUUACAGUGCUUUACAGAAUUAUGUGCUGAUAUUGUAUUUUGUAUGUAAAAUAUUUUGAUUGAUAGUUAAGUUAGUAGGGUACGUACGUACGUUACCAUUCUUUAUCUGGUAUUAUUAUUUAUUUAGUGUAUUAUGAAUUUAUUGAAUAUGAAUCGAUUAACGGAUAUAAUUAUUAUCUAAAGUAUAUUAAAGACUGCCUAAAUUAAUUAUUCACUGUAUUUGAUGUGUAAAUUAGAGAAAUAUUUUAAAAUGUCCCAUUAUCACCAAAGGAUAUCUUAUAAAUGUGGAGUUGCAUUAAAGUUGAUUGAUCCAUAAAUGAUUGAUAAACAAAACCACUCUAUAUAACAAUGGAUAGGUUUGUUAUUUAUCUAUCUAUGAAAAUCAUUUGACUUUGGUGCAAUCACUCAAUGUGAGAUUUCUAAUCGUAAAGCAAUGUAGCCUUGGCUUAAUUUUACAAUACACAUUGAUAAUUUGUCACAAUGUUCAUAUUUAUUACCUACAUAGUAACAUAUUCAUAAGAAGUAUAAAGAUCACACAUAGUGAACAGCGUACAUAUUUUUGUUGUAUUAGCAAGUUCAGUAUUACGUUAAAUUAAACAAUUGCCAUAAUCUUAUGAAUUGAUUAAUAUUAGUAUUUUUGGGACCGUUUUUUAAGUUCAGUUCUUACUUUAAGUAGUUUUUUUUUUUAUUUUAUAUUAUUAUCCAAUAUUGUACAUUUAUGAGUUAGUUGGUUUUAAAAAAAUCAGAACCGCAGGUGUGUACAGUAAAAUUUUGUGUGUCAAGUUCUUUUUGUAACUAUUUUGUAAAAUAAAUAUAGCACUUUAUUUACAACA